AUGAGGUCUCUGAUGAUGCUCCACAAUCACCUCACAAUUAAUUUUGGUUUCACCUACGCUUUAACCCGCCACUUUAACCAGGAUACGCUUGAAAACACCUUUGCUGUUAUACGUCGAAAUCUGGAGCAAACGCAAACUCUACUUCUUAGAAGCAGAGGGACACCCUCUGCUUCUCUACCCUUGGGAAGCUCAGUUUUCCUUAGCGCAGCAGACGAUUCGCCCUUAAACUACCCUUCGGCCAUGGUAGCGAACAACAUGGUUUAUUUUGCUGGGUGGCUUGCGACAAGAUUUUUGAAGGGUCCUUCUUGUGUCGGGACAUCUCAGAGAUGUAAGCUGAAGAAAGAAAAUGCAUGUUUUUCUGAAAGAAACCAAGUGUUACUGUACUUGAGUGUAAAAGGCACUGCUGACUCGGACUUUGGAAACCUGUCAGUUCCCUCCCCUUCUUUCACAUCAUUCGUUGAGGCAUGUGAGCGUGUUUUGGAGGCGAGGAUCAACAAUUUCAUUUCAAAGGAGGGAAUAGGGCGCACUCUUUGUGUACUUUUUCAUCAGGAGGUCCAAAAGUCUCUUGUUGUGUGUAACAACAAUGUGUAUGACGACUUGUUUUCUCUGUUUGCAAGAGUUAGGCUACACCGGUUUGCACGAAAAAAAAACACUGAACUUGUUGAUGCAUCAGCAAGGUGUAAAACUAGGCAGCACAUGCAAAGGCUAAACUCUUGA